UAUACCUGCAAGACCGUACUGUAUACUGCCUGUGUUUCAAGACUAUGGUAUAUGGUGUAAGGCAUUGGAACUUGAAGCAACGUGAAACGUAGAAAAUCUAAUCACGCAAUUUGAAGAAAAAAUCUUGCUAACGAAGACAAUUUAAGAAGUUUUACUCGACUUUGAUAUCAGUUCGAAAACGAAAUGUCACCGUCUAAAAUCGAUGAAAUCAAACUGGAUAUCGAGGAGCUAAAUAAGUUUAUGGAACAAGCAACUCGACAAAAGACAAAGGAUAUUCUCACAUUGGAGCUACGAAAACUUCAAACAGAAUUGUCUAAGCACUUAGAAGGAAACCAAAACCUGGAAACUAAACCAACUUCAACACAAAUGUUUGGUAACAAAUGUUAUGAAGUUAAACUGAACAAUUAUGCAUGGGAUCAGUCAGAAAAGUUUAUAAAAAUAUACAUUACAUUAAAGAAUGUUCAAUCUUUACCAAAAGAAGCGGUAUACUGCGAUUUCAUGGAGAGAUCUAUUGAUCUUCGCGUCUUAGGAUUGGACAGUCGAAAUUAUCAGCUUCCUAUUAACAAUUUAUGUGAAGAAAUAAUUCCUGAACAAAGCUAUACAAAAGUUAAAACUGAUAUGAUUGCUAUAUUUUUGGCUAAAAAAUCACCUAAGAAUUGGUCCCAUGUUACUGGUGUUGAAAAAAGAAUAAAAGAAUCUAAGACACCAGCAGUGCCUGAAAUGAGUGAGGAUAGUGACCCAAGCUCAAAUUUGAUGAGUCUUAUGAAGAAGUUUUAUGAUGAGGGUGAUGACGAUAUGAAGAGAACGAUCGCAAAAGCAUGGACCGAAAGUCAAGACAAACGAACAUCCGGCCUGCCUUCUGUUUCACCUCUUUGAAUGAUAUAUUGUUAAUGUCAUAAACUUAUGUUUAUAUACUAUAGAAAUUAAGAUUUCAUAAUAUACAGGGAUUCUCUGGUGAAAGAGUAACCUCUUAGCCACGUGCCCACGCACAACUUUGACAUGAGCCAAGCGUAGCGGACACACGCUACGAUCGAAAACUUGAUCAUGUGUUGGCACUGGCAGUGUGCGCGUGGUUCAGAGGUUGACCUUGCACUAGAGAUUCUCUGAAUGUAUACCGCUUUGCAGUAUAAGCUCUUAUCGGUUUUCUAAUGAUCAUAACUAUCAUUUAUUCAGCAUCGCGAAAUAUAUGUUUCUGCUGUGUAGGAAUAUGUAACCUUGAAGAAGACAAAUACAAUAAAUAAAUUAUAAAAUUAUAA